AUGUCGUCCGAGGACUCAAAAUAUGCUAUACACGCUGCCGCGAGAGAGGGUAGAGACCCAAAGCUAUCCAAGGUCAGGGACGACGACGGUCGUCUUCCUGUACACUGGGCAGCAUCAGCAAACCAUCCUGCGAUCGUCUUGAUGUUAGCUCAGCAGGAGGGUUUCGAUCCUGACGCCGAGGAUGACAGCGGCUGGACCCCCUUAAUGAUUGCAGCGAGUGUCAAGGACGGGGACAAGACCGUCGAGCUACUGCUCUCAAGAGGUGCCGAUGUGAAUCAGAAGACUCUCCACUUCGUUGCCUCUAAGAACAAUCUCGAAGUUGCCCGCAAGCUGUUGGAUAGUAAGCCCCCUGCGUCUACGCGAGUCAGAGAUAAGCGCGGGCAAUAUCCCUUGCAUCGGGCCGCCGCCGUAGGCUCGGUCCCCAUGGUCACUUUACUGCUUAAAAAUGGUAGCCCGCUCAACGCGACUGAUAUCACCGGCUACACGGCCCUGCACCAUGCGGUCGCCGAGGGGCAUGGUUGGCUCACGAGACGUCAUGUAGGUGACACUGCCGUGGCAUUGCUCAAGGCCGGUGCUGAGGCUGACAAGCGAGAUUCGGAUGGUUAUCUUGCGUUGGACCUGGCACCCGACAAGGAGGUCCUCAAGUACAUCAAGCGGGAGGCAGAGAACGAGGGGAUCGACCUAUAG